CGGUUGUAAACAUUAACGCCGUGAUCCACACGCGCGCACACCGUGGCGCACCAGCGGGUCUUCCGUUAUGAACGCUUAUAACAAAGGUGCACCGGGCGUGUCGGGGAAUGCCUUUGAUUGCUGGGUUCAAAAGCAUGACGAUUCCGCCAUCAUAAAGAUGCAGUACCAAUUCUGGGUGAGAAAGCAGGCCUUGUCCCAGAAAUUGGGGAAGAAGGAGGACGAGUGUAUAGUCGCCUCAGACGCCGAGCUGGACGCGAAGCUAGAAUUGUUCCGCAGUAUCCAAGAUUCCUGUUCCUACUUACAGAGGGUUAUCGAUAGAUAUCAAGAGAGACUAUGCAACUUGGCCCAGGAGGAGAAUGGAAUGGGACGUUUCUUGAAAGAUGCCGGGAAGCAGGACAAGACUCGCGCCGGCAAGAUGAUGUCGGCGGUCGGCAAAUCCCUGUCCUACUCCGGUCAGCAGAGGCUCGCGUUGAGAUCGCCCUUGGGCCGAUUGUACCAGGAGGUGGAGACAUUCAGGCAAAGGGCCAUCGAAGACACGUUGCAGAAUGUACAAGCGAUGGAAAAGGCCCGCACCGAGUACCGAGCUGCUCUGUCGUGGAUGAAAAAUAUUUCCGCCGAUUUAAAUCCAGACGCGUCCAAGCAGCUGGAAAAAUAUAAGAAAAUUCAGGCCCACGUCAAGCAGGGCAAAAUAGUUUUUGACAAUCUGGCCCUCGACUGUCUUCAGAAAGUUGAUUUGCUAGCGGCGGCAAGGUGUAACAUGUUCAGCCAUGCCUUAGUUUUAUACCAAACCACCCUCCUGAAUUUCACAAAGAAAUCCGCACAGGCGUAUGCCACGAUAGCUAACAGCUUCAAAGGCUAUCAACGUUAUGACUUCACAGUCGUGCGAGAACUGGCGGAGACCUCCAGUAAAUUGGCGCAGGAAACUGGCGGCGACGAUGAUUUGGAGGACAAGGAUAAAUUACAAUUUUUCGACAUGGAUUAUCACGACGACGUUGAGGAAGCUCAGGAGGCUACCGCAAACUUGGGAAGCGCAUCGGCGAAAAAUAAGAAAGAGGACAAGCUCCUGGACAUAGAGAACGAGCCGAAGGAUACAUUGAUACAUUUGGAGACGACGGACUCUUCGAGAAACGGAGUCGUGCCUAGUACCAAAGAUACAGAAAACGAUAAGAGUCUCGAGGAGUUCUUUGGAAAGCUUAUCCUGGAGAAAGAUACGUCCAACAGUACUGAACAAUCGGUUAAUAAAUCUGAGAAAAAAAAUCAUACUCCAUUCAACAAGAGCUCCGAGGGACAGAAAUCAGUAAUAGACAUAUUCGAUGAGUGCAACGCCGACUUUAACUUGGCUGACCUGUCCCCCUUGUCAUCGGAGGCUCGGCAGCAGCAGCAGUCGUUAAAUUUACUGGCCUCCGAGAGCGCGGCGCUCUUCGACGAGAUCCUGAACGAUAAGCAGCCAUGCACAAACAAUGAUUGGGAAGGCAUAUCGCACGACACUUUCCUACCACCAAGCAUCUUGAAGCAGAGCCUGGGCGAUGCGGCGCUAGGUAUGGGACAGAAGAGUACCACUAGUAACAUGGACGAUAAAAAAAAGAAUAAGACUGGCAAGCAGAAAGGAAACUCGUGGUUGGAUUUGUUCGCUGAACUGGAUCCAUUGGCUAACAAUCCAAUGGAGAAUCUUUCUGGUGACAGUAAUGCUUCUGCUUAAUUCGUAAUGCACUCGAGCAUUUGCCCUCUUACUUGUAACGAUAAGAAAAACCGAUCGAGUUAUCGUUUGUUAUCGACGAGUGAUGCGACGAGCGCAUAAUUCACGAUAUUCUCACUUCAUACGUUUGUAUCGGUAAUUAUUAGUAUGUGAACUUUUAAAUUUAAUACUUCAGAUUUAUUUUAUCGUCAUAAGAAUCGCCAUAAGAAUCAAAAACCGUUUGAAUUACACAAGUUUUCAUAUAAGCUAAGAUACCAAAGAUAUAAGAUGUAAUAUUUAUUGAACAUUAUGCGCUAAUUAUAUUUUCUUUCAAAUAUAUAUGUAUAUAUAUAUACAUAUAUAUUACAAGAUCUUCACUAUAAAUUUACUAUGGAAUUCUUUGUAUUUCUGGCGGAUAUAUUUAAGGGUACGGAAGUAUACCGGCGGGCAUAAAUAUAUUUGCUUUCUAUUUA